AUGCUCUUGGCGAAAGGACAGCCAAGGACAGCCCAGCAUGUCCGUGCACGAUGGGUCGCCACAGUGGAGCCUGGACAUGAUGACGUUUUGGAAGACUACGUCAUCUCCAUUGACCAGAGUGGGAGUGGAAAAAUCUUGGCACUUACCAAAGCCAGUGAGUUUUCCGGCAAGGUUGAUUUGCAUCUGCAGAAUCAUCUGCUCAUUCCAGGCUUGAUAAAUGCACACACCCACACCCCCAUGUCUUUGCUCAGAGGAUAUGCAGAUGACCUGCCAUUGAACGAAUGGUUGUUCCAACACAUCUUCCCGACAGAGGCCAGGUUUGUAUUUGAUGCCCCACUAGAGGAAGCUGAGGAGUUCGUGCGGUUGGGAUCAGAGCUUGCCUGUUACGAGAUGCUGAAGACAGGGACGACGCUCUUCAAUGACAUGUAUUUUCAUGGUGAUGUGACGGCCUCGGUUGCCCGGAAGGCCGGCAUGAAAGCAGUCCUCACUCAAGCCGGGCUUUUGUAUUUCGGCGAUGACGUACGUUUCAGUGGGCUCGUUGAAUCGAACGUUAAAUUCUGCUCCGAGCUUAUCUCGUCAAAUGAUGUCGCUAUACGGCCUUCCUUGCUACCCCAUUCCGUGUACAUGGUUCCAGAGGGAAAAUUGCAAGAGGUGAAUGCGGCGUACAACGCAGCAUGUGCGGAAGCGCAUGUGGUCAUUCACACACACCUGCACGAAACGAAGAAGGAAAUUUCUGACGUGCUGGAGCAAACGGGAAAGUCUGCUCUUCAGAUACUGGAUGGCCUUGGCAUGCUCAAUAAGCGCACGGUGGCGGCACACUGCGUUUAUAUGACAGACGAGGAGAUUGCGCUUAUGGCUAAGAGUGGCGCCAGUGUGGCGCACUGCCCCAGAAGCAACCUGAAGUUGGGUUCUGGCAUUGCGCGCGUAGCUGACAUGCUGAAGUCAGGCGUGAAUGUCUGUCUUGGAACCGAUGGUGCAAGCUCCAACAACACUCUGGACAUGAUGACAGAGAUGCAGUAUGCGUCGAUGAUUGCAAAGGGAGUGACUGGAGAUCCCACGGUGUUAUCAGCUCGGGAAGUUUUGGAGAUGGCGACACUCCGCGGUGCCCGAGCUCUUGGACUGGAAGCCAAGACAGGAUCCAUCAAGGUUGGCAAAGCCGCAGACCUUGUGGCAGUUCACCUGGGCGGCUUGGAGACUGCCCCCAUCUACGAUCCCCUGGGUCAACUGGUCUACACCAAUAGCCGCCACGUCAGCCACGUGUGGAUUGAUGGCAAGUGCGUCGUGCAAGAUGGCACCUGCCUCACCCUCCGCUCAAUGGACUUGGCUGCCAUGGACAGGCUUGUGUCCAAGCUUCGUGAUUUCCGCAAAACCUUGCCGUCUGCAACCUGA